ACUACAACUUCAGCUCCUACGACAACCACUCCUACGACAACCACAACAACAAAUGUAGCUCCCACGACAACUGCAGCUCCUACAACAGCUUUAGCAUCUACGACAUCCACUGCAGCCCUAACAACAACAACUGCUGCUCCUACGACCACUACAGCCCCAGAACCUAUUACGACAACCACUGCAGCUCCUGCUACAACAACUACAACUUCAGGUCCUACGACAACCACAACAACAGCACCUCCAACAACUGUAGCUCCCACGACAACUGCAUCUCCUACAACAGCUUUAGCAUCUACGACAACCACUGCAGCCCUAGCUACAACAACUGCUGCACCUACGACCACUGCAUCUCCAAAACCUACUACGACAACCAGUGCAGCUCCUACUACAACAACUACAACAACUACAACUUCAGCUCCUACGACAACCACAACAACAGCACCUCCAACAACUGCUGCUCCUACGACCACUGCAACUCCACGACCUACUACGACAACCAGUGCAGCUCUUACUACAACAACUACAACUUCAGCUCCUACGACAACCACAACAACAGCACCUCCAACAACUGUAGCUCCCACGAUAACUGCAGCUCCUACAACAGCUUUAGCAUCUACGACAACCACUGCAGCCCUAACAACAACAACUGCUGCUCCUACGACCACUACAGCUCCAGAACCUAUUACGACAACCACUGCAGCUCCUGCUACAACAACUACGACUUCAGCUCCUACGACAACCAGUGCAGCUCCUACUACAACAACUGCUGUUCUAACGACCACAGUGACUGCAGCACCUUCUACAAUAACUACAACUUCAGCUCCUACGACAACCACAACAACAACUGUAGCUCCCACGACAACUGCAGCUCCUACAACAGCUUUAGCAUCUACGACAACCACUGCAGCACUAACAACA